AUGAGCGCGGCACAGGUGUGCUGCCAUCUCUACAUACUUCGAGUGCUCGUGCCGCUGUGGAGCUUGGUGGAACAGAAGCGAUCGGGACAUCUACAACAGUCACACGAAGGCUUCGAGCCACACGGGCAAGUCCGGCAGAAGAAUAAUAAUGUGGGGAUUGUGCUACGGAGGCGCUCGCCUCUUCUGAAAAUCCUUCUGGCCAAGACUCUCUGUCCGAACACUCAGUACAACCAAGCCGUGUCCGCAGACGAGGGUGAUUUUGUGGAACGGAGAAGAAUUUCCGUGCAAUUGAAUAUGGGUCCUAUGGGGCUCAAAUGGCAAGAGAAGGUGUCGUCUCAACAUGUGAUGGACUUUGAUUGCACACGAACGACCCCGGACCAGGUCGGUGGGAGUCGUGAGAUCGAAUUCACAUCUCCCUCGAUAGCUGCAGACGCUGAAAAGUGGGUCCCAAUACCCAUGCCGCAUGUGAUUGUGUCGCUUGAUAUCACCUUUAGCGCUCUAUACACGACACCCUCAGACUUGUCUAACUCGGCGCCGCCGCGUGUAUCUGCCAAGUGUAGAGCGCAAGCAACAGACUUUGUACACGAGCACAUCUUAAUUUAUGGAUGGCCCGAGACAUGUUCUUGGGAAAAUAUGCAGCCAUCUCGUAUCGGGAGACAGUCCGUUGGGGUUGGUCAGCUUGGCAUUGCUUGUUCUUACCUCAUCAUUUACGCUGGCACAUGCAUGAGAUUCAUGUCUGGUGGCACAGUCCGGCCGCCACCAUAA